CCAUAUCAUCAUCAACCGCUUCAAGGCACACAAAUCAAGCUGCCAGAUCCCAACUAGCUAGCUAGUCAGCUGCAAAACUCAGUGAAAAGGAAGCAAGACCGACGAAUACUCACUCGAUCAUGGUGGCCAUGGUGGUGCCGUCGGUGUUCGCCGCCUUCGACAAGGACGGCGACGGCAAGGUGUCCGCGUCCGACCUGCGGUGCGGCAUGGCGGCGACCCUGGGCGAGGACGUAUCGGAGGAGGAGGCGGCAGUGAUCCUGGCCGCGGUGGACGCCGACGGCGACGGGCUGCUGAGCCAAGAAGAGUUCUCGAGGCUAGCCGCCGGUGCCCACGAAGAGGACGACGUUGACGUGAGGCAACGCUGUCUGAGGGAGGCGUUCGGGAUGUACGCAUCAUCAUCCACGGAAGCCACGACGACGACGAUGAUUACGCCGGCGAGCCUGAGGCGGACGCUGAGCAGGCUGGGCUCUCACGAACUGGGCGUGGACGAGUGCACGGCAAUGAUCUGCAGAUUUGACCUCGACGGCGACGGUGCCCUCUCGUUCGAUGAGUUCCAAGUCAUGAUGAUGGCCUGAUCAUCGACUCUCUUCAUGGCAUUUUUCAAGACAGAUAUAGUGUUCACUUAAUUCAUGGAUCGAUCACAUUCACAUGCUAUGUACGUGUUCAUUCUUUCUUUGUUUUGCUCGCACGAUAACCCUUGAUUUCUAUGGAUACGUGUACAGAUUCAUUUGGAGUUAAUGUUCUGCAAACUCGGCAGUGUCGAAUAAUAUCAUUUGGAGUUAAUGUUCUGCAAAGUCGGCAGUGUCGCAGCUACCAGUACAUCUACAACCGGUCCUCUCAAACGGUCCUCGGACAUCCAAGGGAACAGUCUAAUCACUGCUGCUGUCCUUAUAUGAGUUGGAAACUAUUCUCGUUGAUUGAUCACAGGUGUUACAGAGUACA